AUGCCCUGCGCGCGUUCACCGUCGCCCCGCUCGCACCCUCGCGUGCUGCGGUUGCUGCCUUGCCCUGCCGCUGCAAACUGCUGCUGCUACCGCCGCCUUCCCCGAUGUUCUUGCCGGCCGCGUUCGCAGACCCGCGCGCCGCCCACGCUGGCCCCUACGCCUGCGCGCGUCGACCGCGUCCUUCCCCCUCCCAGUGCCCGCUCCAUCACGCCGGCGCUGGCGCCGCCCCGCUCUGCUCCCCCGCAUCCCCGCGCUCGCCCGCGCGCACACCUUCGCGCCCACGGCCGCGCGCCUCGCCAAGCGCAGUCCGCGGCCUCCCUCCCUUCUGAUGUUGCUCCUUGCCGCUGCUGGCCUCUCCCGCGUCCUACUGCUGCUGCUGCGCGGCUGAUGCUGCUGACCACCACUGCCUUGCUCGUCGGCAUCGCAGCCGCCUUGCCCGCCGUCCCUCGCAUCGCCCCGCUCCCUUGCCCGCUUCCCGCCGUGGCCGCCCCGGCUCCGCUCGACCGCGCCCGCGCUAGACCAGCGCGCGCCGGCAGCCGCGCCCUAGCCGCCCAGCCCCGGCGCUGCCCCGCAGUGGCCUCGCCGCUACCAUCUCCGGCGCCCGGCCCCAGCGCCGCUUCGGUACCCCCUCCGCGCCCGCUGGUCGUCGCCCGGGUCGGGCACCUGCAACGCCCGUGCGCCCGUUAG